CACUCUUACUCCGCCCACUGUGAGGUUCAUGCAGCACAAAAAAGACGUUUCCUUCUCCGAAUAGCAAAAGAGCUGAAGUAUGACUCGUCGAGUGGCAGUGAUUGGAGGAGGGAGUUCAGGUCUGGCCUGUAUCAAGAGCUGUCUGGAUGAGGGUCUGGAGCCUGUCUGCUAUGAAAGCAGCGAUGACAUUGGUGGUCUGUGGAGGUUUAAGGAGAACCCAGAGCCAGACAGGGCCAGCAUCUAUCACUCUGUCAUCAUCAACACCUCCAAGGAGAUGAUGUGUUUCAGUGACUUCCCCAUCCCUGCGAACUUCCCCAACUACAUGCACAACUCCCUCAUUAUGGAAUACUUUCGGAUGUAUGCUGACCACUUCCAGCUCACCAAGCACAUACGCUUCAAUACCAAAGUAUUGCAGGUGAGGCAGAGAUCUGAUUUCUCUCAUUCAGGCCAGUGGGAUGUUGAGACGGAGAACAAGGAUGGCAAAACGGAGAAACACAUUUUUGAUGCUGUGAUGAUCUGUAUUGGACAUCACUGCCACCCAAACUUGCCGCUACAUGACUUCCCAGGAAUUGACACUUUCGAGGGAACUUAUUUCCACAGCAGAGACUACAAGACCCCUGAGGAAUGGAGGAAUAAAAAGGCUGUAGUUAUUGGAAUAGGAAACUCUGGAGGAGACAUCGCCGUGGAACUGAGCAGAGUCACCAAGCAGCUUUACCUCAGCACUCGAAGAGGAGCCUGGAUUCUGAACCGAGUCGGGGACAAUGGGUUUCCCCUUGAUUUGCAUUUGAACAGAGUGCUAGAUUUUCUGCAGCUCAUCCUUCCCUUUGGUGUUUUUAGUGGUCUAGGAGAGAGACAGCUCAACCAAAGAUUUGAUCACGCUCUGUACAAUCUUAAGCCAAAGCACAGGUUGUUCAGUCAACAUCCCACGGUGAAUGAUGAGCUUCCCAACCGCAUCCUAUCUGGAACAGUUCAGGUGAAACCCAACAUCCGCAGGCUUCAGGGGUCCAGUGUGGAGUUUGAUGACGGAAGUGUUGUGGAAGAUGUCGACCUGGUGGUGUUUGCCACAGGUUACAGGUUUUCCUUUCCAUUCCUGGCCUCCCAUGUGACCUCAGUUUCUGGGAACAAAGCAUCUCUUUACAAGUAUGUGUUUCCUCCUGAGUUGGAACGCCCCACUCUGGCUAUCAUUGGUCUUGUGCAGCCACUGGGAGCCAUUAUGCCCAUAUCUGAGAUGCAGGCCAGAUGGGCCACGCGUGUCUUUAAAGGCUGCACCAAGCGUCCCCCAGUGGCUUCCAUGCUGAAAGAUGUCCAGUGCAAGCAGGAAACAAUGGCUAAAAGGUAUGUCUCCAGUCAGAGACACACUAUCCAGGUCGAUUAUCUCCACUACAUGGAUGAGAUCGCAGGACUGUUGGGGGUUCGACCCAACAUCCCCAGGCUGCUGCUGACUGAUCCCAGGCUGGGAUUGAAGGUGAUGUUCGGACCCAGUACUCCGUACCAAUAUCGUCUCAAAGGGCCAGGGAAAUGGGCUGGAGCCCGUCAGGCCAUCUUCACUCAGUGGGAGAGGGUGGCUCAACCCAUGCAAACCAGGCCCUGUGAUGAUCCCAAAUCCAAGAGAUCCUUCAUGUGGCCUCUGGUUCUGUCUGCUGCUGUGGUGGGCUGGGCUGCCUACGUCAACAGGAACAACCUUCCAACUGCUCUGUUGGACAAGAUGAAAGUGUACCUGCCUGCACAGUGAUGAGGAAAUAUUUGAUCAAUCUCAGCCUUUUUACAAACAUUUAAGAUGUUCAUGAUUGUCGUCAUCAAUUGUACAGUUCUCUGGGCAAA